AUGGCUAUAGAUCUAGAGAAGAUUGAAAUGGAAGGUCUAGACGAAGAUAGGAAGAAAAGGCUGGCUUCUCUCAAGAAGGCGGCCAUUAAUGCCUCUAGCAAGUUCAGAAACUCUUUGAACAAGCGGGGAAGGAGGAGCAGCCGAGUCAUGUCGGUUGUUCUUGAGGACGAGCACGAUGCCGAGGAGCUUCAAGCGGUCGAUGCCUUUCGCCAGGUCCUCAUCCUUGAGGAGCUUCUCCCCGCCAAACACGACGAUUAUCAUAUGUUGCUCAGGUUUCUGAAGGCUAGGAAAUUCGAUAUCGAGAAAACAAAGCAGAUGUGGGCCGAUAUGCUUCACUGGAGGAAGGAUUUUGGUGCCGACACCAUUAUGGAGGACUUUGAUUUCAAGGAGAGAGACGAGGUUGUUAAAUACUACCCACAAGGGCAUCAUGGGGUGGAUAAGGUCGGUAGACCCGUCUACAUAGAGAGGCUCGGCCAAGUGGACGCCACUAAACUCAUGCAAGUGACGACUUUGGAUAGGUAUCUUAAGUACCAUGUUCAAGAGUUUGAGAGGACAUUCAUCGACAAGUUCCCGGCAUGUUCGAUUGCGGCGAAAAAACAUAUCGACCAGAGCACGACCAUUUUGGAUGUCCAAGGAGUGGGUUUGAAAAAUUUCAAUAAAGCCGCUAGGGAACUAAUUCAGCGCCUUCAGAAGAUUGACGGUGAUAACUAUCCUGAGGUUUUGGGUAACAAAUACCAAAGCAAGCUGCUUGAGAUCAUCGAUGCAAGUGAGUUACCGGAGUUUUUGGGAGGCACGUGCACUUGUGAGGAUAAAGGUGGUUGUUUGGUCUCGGACAAGGGCCCAUGGAAUGAUACUGAUAUUAUGAAGAUGGUCCGAAAUGGAGAACAUAAAUGCUCGAACAAAAUGGUCAUUUCAUCUAUGGAUGAGAAGAUGAUUUCGGAAGAUGAGAAUGUUCCAAAGAGAAACAACUCCUUCGACUUGAAAAGCGAUUCCAAGAGAGCUUUCAGCCGGGACUUUACAGCACAGACACACCUUUCUCCGGUUCCUGAAGAAGUGAUCAAAAGUUCUCCUAAGGCAUUUGAACCAAAUGAAUACAUCCAAACAGUGGACAAAUCCGUAGCCGCAAAUUGGCAAAAGGCGGCAAAUAAGAAUUUAGCACUCACUAAAGCCUCGGAUAUUUAUUCGGUGUACAAAGCCUCAGAGAAAAACAGCAACCACCUGUUUACGGGGGUGCUGACGUUCGUUAUGGGGGUGAUGACGAUGGUUCGGAUGACCCGUAACAUGCCCAAGAAGCUAACGGAUGCCACACUCUACUCGAGCUCGAUAUGCAGUGGUGACGAGGCAGUCAAGAACCGGGCCCACAGGUUCGAGUCACCAGAUGCCGCGAUCUCAAGGGCCGAUUACUUGAUCAUGAUGAAGCGAAUGAACGAGCUUGAGGAGAAGGUCAGCCACCUCAGCGCCAAGCCCUCGUCCAUGCCGCCCGACAAGGACGAGCUCCUCACUAAUACCUUGAACCGGGUCGAGGCCCUCGAGCAAGAGCUCUCAGAUACCCGAAAGUUCUCAUUAGUUCCCAAGAAAUCUUUGUUUGGUUUAUACUUUAGAACGAUCACUGGAUCCUUUGACGAUUAG